AUGCCCGAGAGAAAGGCUGAAGGGGAUGCUAAAGGAGAUAAAGCCAAGGUUAAGUAGGAACCGCAGAGAAGAUCCACAAGGUUGUCUGCUAAACCUGCUCCUCCAAAGCCACAGCCGAAGCCCAGAAAGGCCUCUGCAAAGAAGAGAGAGAAGGUACCUAAAGAGAAGAAGGGAAAAGCUGAUGCUGGCAAGGAGGGGAGUAACCCUGCAGAAAAUGGAGAUGCCAAAACAGAAUAGGCACAGAAAGCCAAAGGUGCUGGAGAUGCCAAGUGA